UCAUUUUUAUCCCAUCAAAUUCAUCCAACAAUCCACCAAAAAAAAAAAAGGAAAUUCCAAAGAUGAAAAUUCCACUAUUCUGCUCGUCCCUUGUUAUUUUUCUUGUUCUUGCUACUUCAAUAAGCCCUUCCCAUGAAAAUCAAACAUUUCUUGAAUGUCUCAAAACCAAUUCAAACCCUUCUCAUCCAAUUUCCUCACUAGUAUAUUCUCCAAACAACUCUUCAUUUCCAUCUGUUUUACAAGCUUACAUAAGAAACCUAAGGUUUAACGAGUCAACAACAAACAAACCUCUAUUUAUCCUCACUGCUUUGCAUGAAUCCCACAUUCAAGCUGCGAUUAUAUGUGCUAAAGCACAAGGUUUGCAGAUGAAAAUCCGGAGUGGUGGACAUGAUUAUGAGGGUCUAUCUUAUAUCUCCGAUGUUCCCUUUUUCAUUCUUGACAUGUUCAAUUUCCGGUCUAUAAACGUUAACAUUGACGAUGAAUCUGCAUGGGUUGAAGUGGGUGCAACUCUUGGCGAAGUAUACUAUAGAAUUGCUGAAAAAAGCAACGUUCAUGGCUUCCCUGCUGGAGUUUGUCCCACCGUAGGCGUCGGUGGUCACAUCAGUGGGGGUGGCUAUGGUAACAUGAUGAGGAAAUACGGCCUUACUGUUGAUAACAUCGUUGAUGCUAAAUUAAUCGAUGUUCAAGGCCGAAUCCUCGACCGAAAAUUGAUGGGAGAGGACUUAUUUUGGGCAAUUUCGGGUGGUGGCGGAGCUAGUUUUGGAGUUCUCUUGUCGUAUAAAAUAAAGUUGGUUCGAGUCCCACCAAAGGUGACUGUUUUUCGAGUCCCAAGACUUUAUGACCAAAAUGCUCUCGAACUUGCUUACCUAUGGCAACGUCGUGCAGAUAAGUGGGAUGAUGACAUGUUCAUGAGACUGAUCAUUGAUGUAGUAAAUAGCACUACUCGUCCUACGGAAAAAACUAUAAGGGUUUCAUUUUUUACAUUAUUUCUUGGUGACUCGAAGCAACUUGUCUCAUUUAUGAACGAAAAUUUUCCAGAAUUAGGGUUACAACAAAAGGACAUUACUGAGAUGUCUUGGGUAGAAUCUGUUCUUUACUAUACAAGUUUUCCUAUUGCCCCAAUUGAUGCUUUGCUACGUAGGCAACCUCCAUCGGUUACAUACUUGAAAAGGAAAUCUGAUUACUUGAAAAAACCAAUGUCAAAGGAAGGGUUGGAAUACAUAUUCAAGAAAAUGAUAGAACUACAAACGCCAACAAUUUUGACAUUUAAUCCAUAUGGUGGGAAAAUGAGUGAAAUCUCACCUUCUGCUAAGCCAUUUCCACAUAGAGCUGGGAAUAUAGCCAAGAUUCAAUAUUCAACAAAUUGGAAUGAAGGUGGAGUUGAGGCUGCAAACCAUUAUCUCAACUUGACAAGAGUACUUUACAACUAUAUGACUCCUUUUGUGUCAAAAUACCCAAGAGCAGCAUUUUUUAAUUAUAGGGAUAUUGAUUUGGGUGUUACGCACAAUGGGAAGUUUAGUUAUUUGGAAGGGCGAGUGUAUGGGAUCAAGUAUUUUUUGGGAAAUUUCAACAGGUUGGUGAAGAUCAAGACAAAGGUUGACCCUGAUAACUUUUUCAGGAAUGAACAAAGCAUCCCAGUUUACCCUUGGAGGAAGUAGAUAUUAUAGGGGGGAAUAUGAAUUAUUAUAUUAUUAUUUAAUAGGUUGUUUUAUUUCAUUGUUAAUUGUGAAUUGUAAUUGUUGAUUGAUUCUUAAAAUGUAAUAAAAUGUAUUCACACUUAGUGAUCCGUUUGUGAAGAUAAUGAAUAAUAUAUUUAUAAGGGUUGAAAAUUA